AUGGCAGCCAUCGAUUUGUCGAGGAUUCCUGGAAAGAAAGGAGAUCUGUAUAGAGGACAAGCGGUCCACAAACUUCCGCCGCACUCGGAGGAACAUAAAAUCAAAAUCCCCGCCAUUCCUGACUUUAGAUUCGAAUCUGCAUACUUGAGUGCUAUUCGACCGUUCGUGAACCAACUGGAUAGUCAGGCUUCACGCCCUCCAGAGUCAAAAAAGGAGGAAAUCGCUGGAGAAGGAGGUCAAGUCUCUGAAGUUCGAUUCGACUAUGGUGUACCUAUCAGAAUAAACUGGCCAGCCGUUCUAUGGAUCACGCUUCGGGACCAGGCAUGUCUACAUAUCAUAUGA